AUGGCUUCUUUGGAUAUAAACCUAGACAUGAUCAUCGAGAUUCUUUCUCAUUCUCCCGCUUCGGUGGUCGGAAAGUGUAGACUCUUAAACAAAGAAUGUAACAAGAGGACCUACGAUUCUUCCUUUCUCAUUCCUAAUCUCCAAAGAACCAACUCCGUUUCCGGUUACUUCCUCGAAUACAGCGAGAGGCUAAGGGUUCAUUCCGCUUUUGUCAAAGAUUUAGGCAACGAGGUUGCUCGUGGUUCUGAUGAAAUCUCGCUCGAUUUUCUACCACCAGGAAGAGUUAGUAUUAAAGCUUGUAACGCAAGUCAUGGGGUUUUGCUUUGUGUUAAUGAUCUUCCGGUUAAAGGAAGACAACCGGAGUACAUCGUCUGCAAACCAACCACAAAACAGUUCAGGAUUCUACCUAAACCGAAAACCCGGUAUUUCACAAUCGCACUCGGUUUAAUGGUGACUGGAACCGACCCUUUCCGGUACAAGAUCCUCAGGCUCUCGCAGUUACCUGGCAAAGAGAAUAGGAGGUACAACUUCAAUUUCACUCUCGUUUGUGAAGUUUUCGAUUCGGAUUCCUUUGCGUGGAAGAGACUAGACAACGUGGAGCUACCGGAAGAAGACUUGUUGGUUACAAGAAUUGCUAAUCCGGUUGUUUCCUACGGGUUCUUGCAUUGGUUAACGACCAGCAACAAUGUGUUCCGGUUUUGUUUUAAAACCAAUUCUUGGUCAUUCUUUCCGGUUCCUGAGAGUCUAGCGAGCGACAGUUCUCUAAAGUUGACAAGAUACGAUGGAAAAGUUGGAGUUAUUAGUUCGAGAUCGAAGGAAGGAGUGGAUUAUCAGGACUUAUGGGUUUUGGAGACGAGUUUUGGGGAUUCAUGGGUACAUGUGAAAGAGAUUAAAAGUAUGGGGCUCAAACCUGUGGGGUUCUCAAGCAACGACGUCGUAACACUGGCGGACUCGGAUGGAAUACGUUCAUACAAUAUGAAUAACGGGAAAUCUCAGAAACUACCAAUAAGAGCUCCGAAGUUUUUUUCUUCUUAUUAUUGGACCAUGAGUUAUUUUCCAUUCUAUUCUGACUACGAGAGAGUUGAACUUAACGGGAGAUCUGAUGGCUUAUCCACAAGACACAAGACAUGGACAGAGGGUUUAAAGACUUACGUGAGAAUUAUGUGGGGUUAA